CUCUGUGCUGUUACUCCAUUUAAAAUUUUAAAGCAAGGAUAGUAUAGCAUGGCCAUAAUUAAGCAAAUAGCGCCUGAAUGAAAGUAAUAUCAAACACUAAAGUGUAUGUUUGUUCAAAUGGAAUUAUAACUUAUUUUAGGAGUGCUUUUAUAUUUUUCUAAAAAAAUGCCUCCUAAACGCAAAAGAGGACGGCCACGUCAUAAAUUAUCUCAGCCAUUAAACCCAAGGCAAAAUUCAGUUUUUGCGGAAGACAUCGAAGUGUCAGAAAAUCUGAGCAAAGAAGUUAUGGAAUAUAUUUGCUCCUAUUGUAAGAAAUCCUUUAAGAAGAGGCAAUAUUUGAUUGCGCAUGUCAAUAGCUGUGGAAAUGAUACAUUACAUGAAGAAAAGCCUAAAUUACACUGUCCUAAAUGCACUAAAGUAUUUGUUUUUAAGAAGAGCUAUAAAAAACAUGUUGAAAAUGAGCAUUAUGAAGGUCCUGAUGGGGUUUGUUGUGAACACUGCUCUGUUAUUUGCCCAAAUAAAGAAAUUUUACAAGAUCAUUUAGAUAAGAAACAUAACUCAGGGACAUAUUCAUGUCAGUUCUGUACUCAGACUUUUGUACGAAGAGCACAUGUAACUCGUCACAUGUUGCAAAAAGGUUGUGAUGGCCGAAAGCUUCGGGAAUUUUCUUGUGGUAUAUGUUCUGCAAAAUUUUCAAGAAAAGAUAAUCUUUUGGUACAUCUUCGGCUUCAACAUAUCAUGAACAAAAGAUUUCAGUGCAAAAUGUGUGAUUUUUCAACAAAGAACUUCUCAAAACUUAUUCUUCACUCGCAAAGAAUACAUUUACCUAAGCCUUUACAAUAUGAAUGUGAUCACUGUGGGAAGUUAACCAAGUCUAGAGGAUCGUUGACAAAGCAUCUUGAGAUUCAUGGUGAUAAGAAAUAUGCUUGCGAGGUGUGUGGCUACAGUACAUACACAAUUGAGGUGAUGCGGCGUCAUACAUUGACCCAUGUCGAGGAUAAGCCAUACAAGUGCAGUAUCUGUUCCAACUCCUUUAUACAGAAAGCCCAGCUUUUGAGGCACCUGAAUCAACAUAUGGAAUUUGUUUGUAAUAUUUGCCCAAAACGCUUCAAGACCAGGGAUGAGGCUCAAAUGCACGAGGCACAGCAUGAUCCAAAUGAUCUGUCGUGCCCAUUUGAAGACUGCAGUGAAAAAAAUUUUGAAAGUGAAGAACAUCAAUCCAUUCAUAUAAAAGAACACCUCCAAGCGUUCAAGUGCGAGGUGUGCGGCAAGCCCUUUGAGAAGGAGAUCAACAUGCGUCGUCACGUGCCCACGCACGCUUUGGACCGACCGCGUCGCUGCAUGUACUGCGUUAACGCGAGGGCGUACGUCCGGGGCGAGCAUCUGCUUCGACACGUGAGGAAGCACCACGCGGACGUGUUCAUGCAGCGCUUGAUGCACGUACGGAGUGUGCUCGGGUCUUACGUCACCACGCCUCGUGUGACCACGCCCCGUGUGUCGAAGUCCGAGCUAGAUGCGAUCUUGAACAUGUUAGAUGCGGAAUCUGACCGCAUCAUCGAGGACUACGGCACUGGCGUACUGUACGGAGGGCUGCAGGAUAUAAACGACCAAAUUGAGGUUGAAAUACCGAAGAACGAACCAAAUACAUUGCUGAGUGAAGAGGAAUUAAUAGGAAAUCUCAAAGAGCUGUUGUCCAAACUUAUUGAUCAAGAGUUGCUGGAGGCAUUCGGUUGGCCAGAUCAGCCUAUUGAAGAUAUAUUAGAGAAGGUGAUAGAAAACUGUGGGGCACGCCCGGCCGAUCGCGAAAAGUGGUCUCGAGUUCAGUGCCUGCGGGAAAACACGAAGCAUUUGUUUAUCUACGUGGUCGAAGACAAGAAUAUUGCUAAAAUGCUCGGCACACACACUAUCGAUCAGGUCAUUAUGCACAUACUGCAGCAAGUCAGCGACAAUGCGUGAAAUUCAAAUUGCUUAUAUAUAUUGGCAUUUGAGACAAUAUACAUAAAAAGAAACAUAAAUAUAGUAGUGUAGUUAUAUUUAUUUUUUUAAAAGCAAUCGUUUUAACAUUUUAAAGAAUUUUGUCAAAUAAAAUAAUGCAAUAUUAUAUUAUGAAGGGUGCGGAUUUAUUCUAUAUUUUAUCAAUAAGAAAAAUCAUGAAUUAUGUUGUAGGGUUUAUACUAUUAACUACUGUUAAAAUGUAUAAAAUAUGGAUCAAUUGUUUAACUUAAGAAUGUAUUGUUGAAAUGUGCCUUAGCUUAAUUUUAAUACAGUUUUAUGUAAUUUUUUAGAAAUUAUUAUCUCGGUGCUCUGUGACACGGAUAAUCAUUCCAUUAAUGCUUUAUGCAUAUUAAGUUAAUUAAAAAUAUCAGUUUUAUGCGCAGAUUUUUUUAGAACCGUUAUAUGUUUAAGUUGCACAGGGCAUCCCACUUCGCUCUAAAUAUGGAGUCAUUUUAAUAAAAUUCCUUAUUGAGGUUGGGUUCACUAUUAGAAGUUAGAGUUUUACUGUUAUAAACGUAAGUAAAAAUAUAUUAUUGAAAUAAAGUGGAUUUUUAAAUAAGA